CCUAAAUAUGCCUUAUUUGACUCUUAUCCCAAUUUUUAAUUGUUGGCAAACAUACCUUAAAAGAAGACCCAAUAAUAAAAACAGAGGGUUGCUGCUUGGCCCGAUCCAUCCGGCCUACAUGAUCGACCCUCUCACCAUCCACCGCCAGCUGAGUUGUUGACCUGAUCUUAACGUAAAUAUCCGCAUUAAGAUAACCGUGUCACCAGGCUUCACCACGAUUGAGGAUUUGAGGUGAAAAGUUGUGUGCUUGCUAGAUGGGUAUGGGUGAGACUGGGAAGCGAAAUCGUAGGCAUGAUGGGGACAACAAGAACCAGAAAAGGAGGACAGAAAGAGAUGAGAAGGGCGAUGCUGAGCUGGUUGUUUACAGGAUUUUAUGCCCUGCUAAUGUUAUCGGAAGUGUUAUUGGAAAGAGUGGGAAAAACAUAAAUUCCAUCAGACAUAACACUGGUGCGAAGGUUAAGGUGGUGGACCCCUUUCCUGGCGCCAAGGAUAGAGUUAUACUCAUCUAUUGUUAUGUAAAAAAUAAGGAAGAUGUUGAGGUGGAUGAGGAAUUCAACGACAGCAGACCACUUUGUUCUGCACAGGAUGCUCUUCUUAAGAUGCAUGCCACAAUCAUGAAUUCUGUUUCUUCUCUUGGGGAAUCUGACAGCAAUCAGAAGGAAAAGGAAGUUUGUCAGCUUUUAGUUCCUACCAGCCAGAGUGCAAAUGUCAUUGGGAAGUCUGGGGUUACCAUAAAAAAGAUGAGAAGCAAGACUGGAGCAAACAUCAGAGUAACUCCAAAGAAUGCCAGUGAUCCUAACCAUUCUUGUGCAUUGGAGUUUGAUAAUUUUGUGGUGAUUGCUGGUAUGUCGGAGGCUGUUACGAAAGCAGUUUUUGCAGUUUCUUCAAUCAUUUACAAGUUUGCACCAAAAGAAGAGAUUCCUCUUGAUACCACAGUUCAGGAAAUCCCUUCAAGUAUUAUUAUACCAUCAGAUGCCCCGAUAUAUUCAACUUCUGGCUUAUACCCGGGUGUAGAUCCUAUAGUCCACACGGCACCAGUUUCUUCUGUUUUAGGUUCACAUUUGCAAGAGUUUCCAGGUUAUCUGGAUGCAGGGAGUACAUGGGCAGAUUACUCAUCUGCUUCUCGAACUGAGGAGUUGAGAAUCAGAUUAUUGUGCCCAUCCCACAAUAUUGGGCGUGUCAUUGGCAAGGGUGGAAAUUCAAUCAAAACCAUACGACAGGCUAGUGGUGCUCAAAUUGAGGUUGGUGAUGUCAAAGCUGAACCUGAAGAAUGUAUCAUCACUGUGAUCUCUAAGGAGUCAGUUGAUGAUGUCAAGUCAAUGGCAGUUGAAGCUGUGCUAUUGCUGCAAGGAAAGAUAAAUGAUGAGGAUGAAGACCGUGUAACUUUAGGUCUUCUUGUUCCUUCUGCGGUUAUUGGGUGCCUUAUUGGUAAACGUGGUUCUAUUAUAAAUGAAAUUCGAAAACGAACUAAAGCUGAUGUUAGGAUCUCCAAAGGAAAGAAGCCCAACUCUGCAGAUCCAAGUGAUGAACUUGUAGAGGUGGUUGGGGAAGUCAGCAAAGUGAGGGAUGCGCUUAUCCAGAUUGUGCUAAGGCUCAGGGCUGACGUUCUCAAAGAACAAGAAGGAGAGCAGAAUUCUUCUGCAUUUCCUGAUAUUUUACAUGCUAGUGGAGCCCAUGUUUCAGUGCCUUCAGUUUUGCAAAGUAUUCCUCAAGUUGCUCCUUUGAGAUAUGAGCGGAGUACUGAAAGUGGGGCUGGAAUUUAUUCUUCGAACAUUGUUUAUGGACCCGAGUUUCUAUCGGUUGGUGAGUAUGGAGACAAUAGCCAUGGUUUGUCGUCAGCAUAUUCUCCAAAACGUUAUAACAGAUUACCUCCACCUGCCCUGGAAGUGCUUAUACCUGCUCAUGCUAUUGGUAAAGUUUUGGGCAGACGUGGAACUAACUUAGACAACAUCCAAAAUAUAUCUGGAGCGUCUAUAGAGAUCACUGAUUCCAAAUCCUCCCGAAGUGACCGUGUGGCUCUAAUAUCUGGAACACCUGACCAGAAACGUGCUGCUGAAAACUUGAUCCAGGCAUUCAUAAUGGCCACUUAAUUCAUACCCCCACUUCUGAGGUGUCCACCAGCUUUAUCUUUAGAAUCGACUAGGCUUUUUUAAUGUUGGGGGGUGGAUUGCUUAGGAUUUUUCUGGAUUCCUGCUCCUCAGCACAUAUCCAAUAUGUUUCAGUGCUUGUUGUGUCUUCACCAAAAUAGGUUUCAGGCGAUGAACUGUUGCUAGCUAGGGUUUCGCUCCAUCAAUGGUUCCAAUAGAAUUUCACAAGAUGUUUUAUUUUCUCAGCGUUUUAAUCACAGAUCCGAUCAGGUUGACUGACUUCUGUCUUGUCUUCAAAUUGCUGUGCACAAGCUUAAUAAGGAUCCUUUGUGAUAUCUAAGCCAUAUAUGUGGCUUAUGAUAUUUUUUCAUUUUCUUCAUCAUCAGUUUCUUCUGAAACAUCUUCUCACUUGUUUGAACUGUGGCUUGUCUUGUUUGUUUCUUCCUGGCGUGCUCUUCAUAACUAUUUGCACAGGUUCAGAUUGAUCUCUCUGUCUUGCGUGACGGCUACCAAGUUUUUUCUCCCAUUUGAAUAUCAUGCUUGUCUUUAAAAGGGUCUACAUAAAACACAAUACUCUUAUGCUCGACCCGUAAAAUAUUAUCUGACUUUACUCUUUCCUUAAUACAUUCUAUUUUCAUAAGCUCCUUACAACUUUCAUUUCUUGCUUCUCAUAUGAUAUCCAUCAUGCACCCACUGACCAACUAUAUUUAGAAUAAAUCAACUAGAAACAAUAAUAAUAAUAAUAAAAGAGCUAAAGAGCCUACACUUUUCUGUUCUAGACCUUCAGAUCUCUUGAAGAUCUUUCCCUCUUAUGUAGUUAUUCCCAUUCUUAUCCUCUCCGACAAACAUUAUGGCCCCAUUCGGGAUUACGUUUGCCGUGUUAAAAGCGCCUUUUUGCCCAGCGCAAUCUUGAACAUUGAACAAACUAUAUUUCUAUUCAAAUUUCAAAAGCUAAUUUGAAACGGGAAAAUCCACCAUAAUUCAAAAGUGAGUGCGAGAUGGUUUUGGCAUUUUAAGCACUACUUUUGAGGUUAACUAUUUCAUAUUUAGAAAUUUCAAAAUUUUACAUCACACUUCAACUCUAAUGUCCAAGAUUUGUAUCUCUUAAAAUCACUUCUCAGCGCAAUUUCCUAAUUGUAAGUGCUUUUAAAACAAUGAGCUUUUUCCAAAUGCAUCCUCAACCUGAAUUCGGCCUAAGUCAAGCUUCAUUUUUUAAUUUCCAAAACACUGGGCUAUUUUGUCGAACACUGUUUUGGUGUGUAAUUGUGAUAAAUCAACUUCCUACUAAUAUUAUUAUUUAAAUGUCUGCCAUAAUUGUUAUCUCUUGUACUUUCACACAUGCCUUCCCUGAAAUCUUAUUGCUAGGUUCCUUUGGUUUUAAUGCUCACAUGAAGUAGAUUUUAGUUAAAAAAAAAAAUUAUCCCUUAAUCCAGGAAGUAACUUAUUUCUUGAAACCAUAUAGCCUUUUCUGCAGUAAAAGAAAAUAUUAUUUAAUCAAAUGAAGUGAAGCAACAGCUUAACUUUUCUGUAUUCAAUCAAAACUUCCAGAAGUUCCGUCUUAUCCUGUGUUGUAUGGAAAUGUAGGAAACUAGGGAAGUAUGAAACAAAAAACAUCACCUUUUAAUAUAAAACAAAUAUCACGGGUGUUUUAGAGAUUUUCUCUAAAGUUCCUGAAACUGAAAUACUAUUUCUUAAGAAUUUCUGUGCUUCAUAGGUCUUAUCAGUUAUCAUUGUAAUGUAACAUCAGCUAAUUUGUUUAAAUACCUCAACCGACUCCGAAAAGAACUUUUGAAGAUGAAUUUGAAGAAAUUUGUGCCUGAAUCCGUAGUGAUCAUCACAGAGAAUUCUUCUUCAUCCACUAUCUAGGGCUUUGUUCUGCUUACAUCUGUGACUUUCCUCUAUAUCCCAUUCACUCGUUGCCUCUUUGUUCUCUUUGCAUGCUAGAACUUUACAAAUGUAACACUCCAGGCCUGUUCUGUGGCUUUGUUACCCCCUUCAUAGUAUUUAUAUACAGGGAAAAAAUAUCUUCAUGUGCUAGAUAUAACGCUCAAUAUCUCAUUCCUACAAUGAUAUUCAAAAUACAGUGGCUAAGAUUUUAGAUUUCGGAAUUAUGGUUAAUUAGUGCCUUUUUUUGUUUUUGCUUCUUUUUUUUCUAUUGUCGUUAAAAUCCCGGCUUAGUUGCCAAGCGCAUCUUGAGUGCGAAGGUUUUCCUCUCGCCUAGGCGUGCCUAAAUUCACUCAGAUCAUUUGCAGCUCUGUCUAAUCUCCCACUAGAUGUUAGGCUCCAAUCUUCCACUGGUGCUUUUCUCAAUGUUUUGUGCGUGUGGAAGCUUAGGUAGAUGUUUAUGAAACUCCUUUUUCAUCAUUGUUUAGUAGAACAUUUUCUAGAGUAUAAAAAAUUAUCGCAUAGAAUAUCAGUGUCAUGCUCUUCCUAUCAGUAUGCAACCAAUUCUCCUCAACUAGUUGGCCAUCCUUUUGGGUAUAUGAAGUUCUUAUUUAUUUUUUUUGCCGAAGCCAGUGGAGCUUCAUCCUAAUCAUUUCCGAAGUAUGAUAAUAUCUAAGUUUUUUCUACUUUAACUGGAGGCCAGCAGAUUUAGGCUUAUUAGUUUAUUCUAUAAACUUGUGGUUAUGUAUAUUUAUGUCUUGAGUGUAUAUAUUUCCUCUGAUUUGCUUGAAUUUAAAUGGCACUUAAAUUUUCUUGAAUUGAUGUCAAUGACAGCCCUUCGUAUUUGAUGCC